AUGGUCAAAGAAACUAUCAAAAUUUGUGUCUUGGGGGAUGAAGGUGUUGGUAAAUCAUCUAUAACUUUACAAUAUACUCAAGCUCAUUUCCCUUUGGACUUUGAUCCAACUAUAGAGGAUAUUUAUAGCAAAGAUUUAACGGUUGAUGGUAAACGUUAUACUUUACAGAUUUUGGAUACUGCUAUUCAAGACGAAUAUUCACCUCUGAAAGAUGUUCAAUUUGAACAAGCUGAUGGGUUUGUUGUAGUCUUCAGGGUUGAUUCAACUGAAAGUUUUGACUCAGUUGCAAACAAUUAUAGACAUAUCAAAAGAAUCCAUGGUGACAUUCCACCAGUAGUGCUAUUAGGUAACAAAUGUGAUUUAGAAACUGAAAGGCUGAUUCGUGUUGAUGAAGCUGAAGGGUUAGCUAAAGAAUUAAGUUUAUCAAAAUAUUUUGAUGUUAGUGCUAAAAACAACUAUAAUAUCAAAGAUGCAUUUAACUAUUUAACCAAUUCCAUUAUUCAAAGAAAAACACAAAUAGAAACACAAAUAUUAAAACCAGAAUUACUCAAGCAGUCUACUGAUAAUACAAAUUCAUCAAAUGGGUCAUCAACUACUGGUAAAACAACUGGGAAUUCCUCACAAUCUAAAUUGUCAGAUUCAACAACAAGCUCAAAACCAAUUUCAAGAAUAGAAAGAGCUUCUACAUUCACAAUCAACACAUCAGAUCAUAAAUUAUCCAGUACUGACGGCCUCCAAGAACACGUUCCAAAAGAAGAAGAUCAUGAACUACUAGAGAGUGAUGAGAAAUCUGUGAAUGGUCCAUCUCAAGAUAAGUUAUCAAAAUCAAUUUCAAGUACAGAAAUCACUAGAGAUAUUCCACAUAAUACAACAACUACUCAAAGAAAUAGUCAAAACAAAAAAUCAAAAGAAGAUGGUGGUAAUAAAUGUUGUAUCAUCAUGUGA